AUGGGAUGGAUAAAAUUCUGGUUGAUGCCAUGGUUGGGCUAUCACUUCUGGAUGAGUACUUUCACCAUGGUACAUCAUACUGCACCACACAUACCGUUCAAAUAUUCAGAAGAGUGGAAUGCCGCACAAGCACAGCUUAAUGGAACGGUUCAUUGUGCUUACCCUCAAUGGAUCGAGAUCUUAUGCCAUGAUAUUAAUGUCCAUAUUCCACACCAUAUAUCCCCGAAAAUACCGAGCUAUAAUUUACGAGCAGCCCAUAAAUCUCUCCAAGAAAAUUGGGGAAAGUAUCUGAAUGAGGCUAGUUGGAAUUGGCGAUUGAUGAAGACAAUCCUGACGGUGUGUCAUGUGUAUGAUAAGGAGCAAAAUUAUGUUUCCUUUGAUGAAGUUGCCCCUGAAGAAUCUGGUUCAAUUAAGUUUUUGAAGAAAGUAAUGCCUGAUCAUGCUUAA